AUGACUCAUUUCGUUGGAGUUGACUUUAAUUCAUUAUAUCCUUCAUCAUUUUCAUCUAAUCCUCAUGAUUUCAUUCAAUAUACUGACCAUAAAAUGUAUAUGCCGGGAAGAUUGAAUGGAGUUAUCAUUUGUGAUACAGCAACAAAGAAAGCAAAAGCACUGGGAAUAAUUAAGAAGAAAAAUACUUUAUUCGUGGCUGAAGUAAAGGGUCACAUUGAUGAAAAAUACAUUAAUGAUUACAUAAACUUUUUACCGAUAAUAAGAAACUUAGAUAUUAUCACAGAUGAAAAAACAAUUGGCAGUUUUAUGUAUAAUUACAUGAAAUCAAACAAUCUACCAGUUGACCAGAAACAGAGAAAAUUAACUCAGUUAGCAUCAACACACAACCAAUAUCAACCAUUUUCUUCUUAUUAUCUAUGGUAUCUAAUAGAUAGAUUUCAUUUUAUCAUUGAUGACAUUCAAUCAAUUUUAACAUUUACUAAAAACACUUGUUUUAAUGAAUUUGCGAAAGAAUUUAUGAACGAAAGACAAAAGGCUGAAUUAGAAGGAAAUAAAGGAAAAAGUUUAUUUUGCAAGAUUUCACUUAAUGGAUCAUAUGGUUACGAUGCAAUGAAUACACAAAAUUACACAAAGACUAAAAUAAUUAAUGCACAAAAGGCACGCGUUGCAUGUAUGUCAAAUAAGUUUAAAAACAUAAGAGAAAUAGGUGAGGAUACAUAUCAAGUGAUGCUUAAAGAUAGAUUUUAUAGAUGUGAUACAUGUUUACAAGAGGCAUUCUUCACUUUAGAUAACGCAAAAUACUGGUAUUUGGUUUUCAUUUAUGAUUUUAUGUAUAAAUGCUUGAAUGUUAAUCGUUUUCAUUUCAUUGAAGGUGAUACUGAUUCAUCUUAUUGGGCAAUCGCUGGCGACCCAAAUCUUCCUAACACUCAAGCAUUUCAAGCAAUUGUUACUGAUAAACAAUUUUAUGAUAAAAACAUUUUCAAAUUCGCACC